UCCAGCUCCAUGGUUGAUGUCCAGGAGCAGAACCAGUGUGCCAGUAAUCGUGGAGAAGAUGCUUCCAUAAGAGAAUCCCAACCUGAGGAGGACAGAAAGAUGAACAACCAGGACACUCCAUCUGAGGAUGCCCAGGAUGUGACCUACGCCCAGCUGAAUCACUUGACCCUCAAACGAGAGACAACUGCACCCCCUCCUCCCCCAUCAGACCAGCCCCAAGUUGAGCCCAGCGUGUAUGCUUCUCUGGCCAUCCACUAGCCCAGGAGGGACUCAGACCUCACACUCCAGAGAGGGGAAAUGCAGGGACCCCAGAAGGCAUAGGAGCUGCCCCCAUGGACACUCAGCUACUGACCUGAGCCUGAGGACGUUAUGUAAGCAAGCAGGAUGUCAUGAGACCUUAGACGUCA